CAGUGACAGCUGUGGUGUACAGGUCGCAGGACAACCUUCUGUGGUAGUCAACGUGGGUGUCCUUCCUCUUCCUUCCAUUGAUAAACAUUGCCAGUGGACUUCAGCUAACAUAUUUUGGAAGAGUCAGUGACCUGGGUUCCACUCACGCCUCUGUGAGCAGUUAAAAAUAAACUUAUUAACCAAACACUAGACCCGGACUCCACUUAUCCAGAGGGAUAAUCCCUGCUGCUGGGACAGAAGAUGGAUCUAGAAACUCUAAACUCUAUGAACUAUGAGAAAUUCCUGGAUGUUUUUGGAAAUAUCAUUGAGAAAUGUCCACUUAUUACAGCCGCAGUGUGGUCCAGGAGGCCAUUUUCAAGCUUCUGCGAGGUGGAGGACAAUGUUUAUGAAUUUAUUGAAUCCCUGCCAGUAUCGGGAAAAGAAGGCAUUUUAAGGUGUCAUCCUGACCUGGCCGGGAGAGAAUUGUCAAGUGGGACAUUAACAAUGGAAUCUCAGGAGGAGCAGAGACAAGCUGGUCUCACAUCCCUUAGUCCUGAGGAACGCGAGCGUCUGACUCUCCUGAACACGCAGUACAAGCAGAAGUUCGGGUUUCCUUUUGUGAUAGCUGCGAAAAUGUCCGACAAAGAUAAAAUAAUGGAGGCGUUGACCGCUCGCCUUCAAAACGAUCCUUCUGUAGAACUUCUCAAGGGCGUUGCUGAGGUUAAAAAGAUUUGCCACUUGAGGGUGCAAGAAAUAUUACGUAAAGGGUCUCCAUUUCCCACCAAACUGUAACUACUGGAAAACUUUUUAGGUGGGCAUAUCAGAAAACUUGUUAGAGAAUGUGACAUGAUGAUUACACUAGAUUAUGUAUAUCACUGUAGACUCCAAGUCAUGAUAAACCUGUGAGAAAUGUUGUCAAGUGCAUUCAAAUAUCAUUAAAAUUGGCUUUUUAAUCCUA